AUGAAGAUCCUCAUCACAGGCGCCGGCGGCUUCGUAGGUCAACUGCUGGCCGAAUAUCUUCUCAACGACAAUCACACCGUGGUUCUGGCGGACAUCUUCGAGCCACCAAUCCCAGCGGCGGCCUCCAACAAACAGAACGCCAUUCCCAUCAAGGCCGAUCUUUACGAGUCUCCAUCAGCUGUACUGUCCAAAGACCUGGACGCUAUGUAUGUCUUCCACGGCAUCAUGUCAGCAGGAUCAGAAGAGAACCUCGAACUGGGAUAUCGUGUGAACUUGCAGAGUACCAUCAAUUUUCUGGAUGCUAUCCGAGCCACCUUACCAGGUGUGAGGUUCAUUUAUGCUUCGUCGACAGCCAUCUUCGGGCAACCGCUACCCGAAGUUCCCAGCGAGGAGACUGUACCUACACCACAGGGUAGCUAUGGCACGCAAAAGGCCAUGAUCGAGUACAUCGUUAACGACUACAAUCGUCGUGGCUACAUCAAUGCUUUCACUCUCCGCUUCCCGACCAUCUCUGUACGACCUGGCAAGCCCACUCAAGCGGCUUCGAGUUGGAUGAGUGGAAUCAUUCGAGAGCCGCUGCAAGGAAAGGAGAGCGUUCUGCCAUGUGAUGGUGAUUUCAAAGCUUGGCUGUGCUCUCCCAAGACAUUGAUUCGAAACUUGAAGCACGCCUUGACAUUGGACGGGAACAGCUUGCCACCGCAUAUCAGACAAGUCUUGCUUCCUGGGAUUACAUCUACGGUAAAGGAUAUGUUGGAUGCAUUGAGGGCAGUGGGAGGCGAGGAUGCUGUCAAGUUGGUGAAGAGGGAGAAGCCUUCGCCGGAGAUCAAAGCUAUGCUGGAUAGUUGGCCGACGACCUUCGACAUUUCCAAGGCGUUGAGUUUGGGAUUUGUUGCAGAUCAGAAUUUCAAAGGGGCUGUGGAAGACUUUGCAGAGUCGUUGAAGAAGCAGUAG